AUGACCAAGGGGGCCAAGCGUCCAGCACGAAAGGAAAAGGGCAACGGGGAGGAGAAGGCGGCCGCCUACAGCCAGGGCGGGGCCGCGGACACACGUCGUCUCACGCUCCUUAUUGCCAAGCUGAUAUUGCAACACGAGGACAAGAACCUCGGGGACGCGAGGGACGACAACUUCACGGUCACGCUGCUGAAUGAGUGCCUGGUGCAAGCGCUCUCGGAGCCGGGGCCGACCGCUACCAGACCGCGAACAAGAAGGCGCGAGAGGACGCGGGCGACGGCGAGUUCAAGAGGAACCCGUUGGACAAGCGCCCCGACGCCUACGCCGAGCAAUUCAUUUUUCGCUUCGAUGAGGCCGUGA